AACACGUUGCGUACUUCAUAGUCUACCGUAGUUUUCAGCUUUUUUUUGGUUUUUUUAAAAGUUUUUAUUGUUUUUUCAGCGAAAAUCCUUGAAAACUUCGAUUUUUCCUGGGAUAUUUCCACAUAUUUCCUUCAAAAAACACAUUAUUCUCCAGAAAAUGGCCGAUUCGAACGAUUUGAUGUCGGAAUUUCAGAAGCUUCAACAGGAAACUUCCAAAAUUCAAUCACAUCUCACCAAGGAUUUCCUCUCAAGCUCCGCUAAGCUUUCGGAAAAUCGUGUCCUUCAGGCCACCCAGGAGCUUUGUGGAAAAUUGACGGAAAAACAAAAAGUUCAGGAUGAUACGAUUAACUUGUUGCUCUCGGCGCUCGGCCAAAUCCAGGAAAAUCAAAAUAAGAUUUUGAAUCAAUUUGCAUCAAUGCAAAGUCAGCUGGAUAUUGUAAAACGCCGUCAGGAUGCUUAUGAGCGGGAUUUAAUCCAACAAAAACCUUCAGUUCCGGAGCAAAAAGUCGGUGAAUCGUCGAAAAAGUCUCCGAGAUCUGCAGAAUCAGCUCUGAAAUAUGUGGAGACAUGCACCAAAGUUGUAGAUCUUUGUAUUGCCGUUUCAAUGCCUGGAAGGCUCUUCUCCAUUGGAGCCAAUAAAAUGGAAUCCGUUGAACAGUUGAAAAUGAAAAUCGAAUGCCAAACGGGAAUUCCACGCACAAAAUUUUGGCUCAGACUUCACGGCAAACCUCUCUACGACGACAAGAAGCUCGCCGACUACAAAUGGGAUACCAGUGUUGAACUGCUAGUUCGUGCUUCCUAAUUAAUAUUUUUACGAAUUACUAAUCUGUAUCAUUAUGUGUUCCUUUUUUUUGAAUGAAUAAUGAUCUGAAAUUGCGA